AUGGCUGAGAUAAUGCCGCCAAGCAUACCUGAGUUCGUCGUUGACGUCGCCGCCACUGUUCACCAUCGUUGUUGCCAUGCCGUGCCGCCUGAUGCUAUUAUUUUUGCGCAUCGUCGCUGCUGCCCAUUGUUGUUGCUAUGGAAUCUAACGAAGAUGAUGAUAGCGUUGAACCGGCUUCUCGGAGAAGAAGCCGCUGGCAUUGCCGCUCGUUACCUCGACAAGGUCUUCUCCCAUAUCCGUGAUAUGAUUGGGAAGCCUUACGGUCGUGCGAAGUCUUUCCUUGAUUCUGAGUACCUUCCUUGUGAUCUCGUUGAGGACGCGAGGGGAUCAGUCGGGAUCUGGGUAGACACUGGAAGGCCGAAGUAUUCGCCUGAGGAAUUGCUGGUAACGGUGCUGAGUUACACGACAGGGCUGGCAGAGUCACACGUUAAGGUGCAUAUGAAGGAUGUAAUGAUCUCUGUGCCACCUUACUUCGGGCAAGCGGAGAGGAAGAGGGUGGUGCAAGUGGCGCAACUUGCUGGAAUCAAUGUACUCGCUUUAAUCAAUGAACAUGCCGGAGCAGCCUUGCAAUAUGGCAUUGAUAAGGAUUCCUCGAAUGAAUCACGGCAUGUGAUCAUCCAUGACAUGGGCGCUAGUAGUACUUAUGCUGAUUUGUUUUACUUCUCGGCUUAUAACACCAAGGAAUUUGGAAAGAUUCUUGCUGAUGAGUUCAACAAACAAUUGGGGAAUGGUGUUGAUGUGAGGAAGUCUCUGAGGGCUAUGGAUAAUAAAUUGAAGAAGCAGGUUAAACGCACCAAAGAAAUUCUUAGUGCGAACACAGUUGCUCCAAUAUCAGUUGAAUCUUUGUAUGAUGAUGUUGAUUUCAGAAGCACUAUGUCUCAUGAGAAAUUUGAAGAACUCUGUGCGGAUUUGUGUGAGCAGUCCCUUGUUCCUGUCAAGGAAGUGCUUAAGCAUUCUGGUUUGAAAACGGAUGAAAUUUAUGCAGUGGAACUCAUGGGCGGUGCCACUCGUAGGCAAUAA